CCUCAACAGCUCCACCUGAGACCACCACCUCCUUUUUCGAUGCGCGCCAGCGCGAGUCUCCGGCGCAACAGCUACCGCGGCAGCGCGCUGCCCGUGACGCAGCAGCCGUCCGUGGCGUCGCUGCGGUCGCUGCCCUCGGAGAAGCCGGAAGGCUCAUCUUUGAAGAAUCUUGAGACGCUUGUGACUGAGAAUGGCGUCUUGGAGUUUCCAGAGACAGACAUGGAAGAUGAUGCAUUGCAAGCUGCCGUGCAGACCAUGAAGAGGCACAAGACCAUCACCUUCGAAGAUAUUGCCCUGAGCGAAGGUGUGAAGCAAAGUGUUUCUUGGGCAAACAGAGCGGUGAGGAAGUUGAAGCUCAUCCACCUCACCUUGAAGCUCAUCCCCUUGAUAAACUGAGGUCAUUCUUUGUCAGCUCGGAAGACAAAAACGAUUUGUCAUCUCUUGAGUGCGCCGAACAUCUCCACAGCUCAUCCACCUCAGCCUGAUCGGUUGAACAGGAUUCACCUUCUGGCAGAACUCGACCUGUUGCCUGGGGCGAAUUCGCCAAGUUUGCAGGCAUCGCGGCCUCCCCUUGUUUUGGCAAAACGCAUGGAUCUCGGGUUUUGGGCCCCAUGUCUUUCCCAAGAACCCCGAGGAGUCUCCAGGAUCCGGUCCUGAGGUGCGAUCCCCAGGAGUCUCCAGGACACUCGUUCGACGAACAGAUCACAUGUGUACAUGGUGUGGAUGGCAUAGUCCAAAGGAAGAGGACUUUCCGUGACAAACAGGGGGGCUGAGCUCCACUGCCAUGUGAGGUGCUCGUCGGAGAGUGUUUGGUGAAGAUGUGUUGAUCGCGGUAACGUUUUGAUCGCAAACCCUUCUCGGAGACGAAGCCUGGCUUCGUGAUGAUCGCUAUGAGGUUUAUCUAGACUAUUUGAAGUGGGAGAUCGACACGGAAAGCGCAUUUCUGGAGCUUCCUCUGACCAUUGUGGUUUUGAUCUCCUUCGCUAUGUUGGCUAUGAAUAUUUUGCAUCAGGAGCAGCUCUACACCAUGGAGACGGCCAUCGAGCGAGAUAUCAUCGAGAAUGCCAACUUCGCGUGGAGCGGCCACUUUGGGCACAAGGGAAUUCUGCAGGUGCACUCCAUCGCCGAUUUUUGGUCCUGGAUGCGCUUGGGCUUUUUGGGCCUGGUGGUGAAGCCAGGGUGGUUGUACAGCGAACCAGCGCCAGACAUCUUGGGGGGGCCCGACAUGACGUCGCGCCCGGACAUGCCCACGGCCUGGCUCUUCAAUGGCUAUGAACGACCUGCACCCGUGGCCAACGAGUAUUUGCACUACGCCAAAGUCAUCAGCGGAAUACGGAUGCGUCAAUCCGUCUCCGGCGCCGGUGACUUCUGCGUUUUGCCUAGCCUACUCGACCCUGCGCUACUCAGCCAGUGGCUGGCGAAGCCUUGUUUUCCAUCUGACCUAGGGCUACUGUCGCCUGAAGUGCAUGAGGCUGAAAAUUUUUUGGGUCUUCAGCGUGAGGAGUUCCUUUUUCCAGAUCUAUUUACCAUUCAGGAGCUCACGCAGCAAGUCCUUGACAUGGAAGAUGGCUGUGCUUACUCCAAUGCGACCGGCAACGCCUGUCGUUGCGAAUGGUGCAGCGCCGGCGCCCAGAGUUUGCGGCCCUGGAUUGAUGAAGAAACCUCGCGCGUGGAAAUCAGUAUGGUGGUCUACAAUGCACAGUACGGAUCCUACACCUAUGUCUCAGUGAACUUUAUGUUCAAUCGCGGAGGCCACAUCCAUUCGUUUAUCCAUUGUUUGUCGGCCUUCGUGAAUCCCUUCUUACGCCCCGGCCCGGAGUUGGCCUUGACCCUGGUGGCUGCUACGCUCUGGAUCGGUGCCUUGCUCUAUGCCCUGGCGGCAGAGCUCACCGAGAUCCGGGGGGCCAUCCGGAAUUCCAACGCCGGGCUUCGGAAAGCCCUCUGGGAGGACUACGUGGGCUUUUACAACAUGGUCGACUGGUCCUCCAUCAUUGUGGGCUCCUUAGCCAUUGGCUACUACUUCCAGAGUCGCAUCGCGGCGAGUGCGGUGAACGAGCUGCUGCCCUCCAUGAUUGACGCGAGUUUGAAGCCGGACGCCAACUACCAGUCCACGGUGAAGGAGUUCUUCCGAGCGGCCGAGGACAUGAGCAAGGCCAAGAAGGACACGGAGCUGCAGUUGAUGUUUUAUCCGCUGAUCAUCAUGAUGAGGCUCUUCCGGUCCUUCGAAGCUCAGCCACGACUGGCGCUGGUGUCGGCCACCCUCAAAACGGCGGCUCCAGAUCUGGGACAUUUCUUCAUGAUCUUCUUGUGUGUCUAUUUGUGCUUCGUGGUCAGUAGCCUCUUGUUCUUCGGACAGGAUCUCGAGAGCUUCAGCACCAUGGACCGAGCCCUUCAUACCUCCUUCUUGGCCAUGUUUGGGGAUUGGGAUUGGAAUGCCAUGACCGAUGUGGGCAUGUUGAGAGCUGCUGUGUGGUUUUGGGUCUUUAUGGUGAUGAUGGUGCUCUUCAUGUUGAACAUGCUGCUGGCAAUCAUUAUGGAUGCCUAUCAGAUGGAGAAGUACAAAACGUCGGAUGCCACGACCUUGUGGCAGCAAAUCCUCGACAUGAUCGAGCGGAGACGUCAGUACAUACGCGGCGAGCGCGUGCGCUUGACUGAUGUUUGGAAGACCUUCAGACGUCAAUAUGCUGGAAAAGAGAAAGCCAUGCUCUCCAGCGACCAGCUGCUCUCGGUGGAAUAUCUGGUGAACACCGUGACACGGAUGCCCGAGCAGCAAGCCUUGAGGACCAUGGUUCAUUCCUUAAAGCGUGAUGACAUCCUCACCCACGGCUUUAUGACAGAAGAGCAGGUCAACAAACAUGUGGAGAAGACCUUGGGCUCAAUGGAGCUGAAGAUCAAGGCGAUACUGGAGGAUGUGGAGUUCAUCAACGACAAACUGGACUUCUUCGACCGUUUGUUGGCGCCUGGAGACGCGGAAUACGACUUCUACUUCGGCGCCGAUGGGCAGUCGCACGACCAAGCGAGCAGGUUGUGGAUCUACAACUCCAUCACCGCCAUCUCCGAGGAGUUGCAGCAGAACUUUGUGCGGGGCAUCCAGCGCAUCGGAACCUGGCAGGAUGAGUUCGAAUGCGAGCGCCCCGGUCAAAAGCCGGGGAGACACCCGAACUCUUGGGAGACGGCCGGAGCGAAACCAUUUCUGCGUGAAAAGAGGCAAACUCUCGGAGUUUGUGCCCUUUUUUUUGGGGGGGGGGAGGAGACCUGGGGUAGUACCUCGACCGGGCGGGGAGAUCGGUCACGUCCGCGCGAGUGCAGCGAGCCACAUGAGUGUGGCACCUUUUUGGACCGCAAGGUUCAUGUUCACCUUGUGCGAAAGAAGAACCGAGAGACGGAGGUUGAGGUUGGGCUCUCAAGGUGAGUGGAAAGAUAUCUCAGUUGCUUGAGGUGUUUUUCUCUCCCGAGGUCCAGGUCUUCAGACCUAAAGAUCGCGAGAAGUGUCGAUCUUGGCUGGGAUUUGUAGAAAGGAAACAUGGCAGACGAACAUGUGGUGGCAGCUUGGCUGGCCAUCCCAGCCCAUCAGAUUCUCUCCAUCCUGAGUCCGAUGCGAGAAAUCGAGGCUUCGUAUUGUGAGUGUGGCUGCUUUUCAUUUGCAGAAGCCGAUGGCUCCAUGGACCUCUGGGUUUUUCAUGGUGGCUCCAGCCUCUGAGGCAGACGGAGUUGGCGGAUGGCUUGCGCGAGUUUGAGCAACUGCUGGCACAAAGCCUGGAAGCCUUGCAGGAGUUGCCUCUUGGGUCAGUCGGUCGGGUGCCGAUGUGGCGGCAUGUCAGGUGGGUGGGCAUCGGGCAUCAAAAAGGAAAAAACAGGUGCUUUACUAGUAGUAACAAAAAGCUACUAGUGCUAGUAGUCUCAUAGGCCCGAGCAUCGCUAGUAGUAACAAGUGCCUUACUAGUAGUAACAGGUACUUUACUUCGAGUGUUCCCCACCAUGACAUUUCAAUCAUUUGUCUUGAUGCCAUAGUGAGGAGCAUGUUGCCAUGGUCGUGAGUAUUGUAGUUCUCGAUUUUGCUUGUGGGUCCUCGGGUUGUGUGCUGUGGUUGUGUGCUGUGGUUGUGGUUGUGUGCUGUGUUGUGGUUGUGGUUGUGGUUGU